AAAACACAGACAUACAUUGCAAGUAAGCAAAUCGCUGAACAAAAUAUUGUUAAUGCCGAUGCUAUCGUCAAGCGAACACGAUAUAAAUCGCAACUAACAAAAAUAAAUGUUCAACUUAAAUCACAAAAGACUGACACUAUACUUCAUAGAAAAGGUAGCACCAAACAAACGAUUAACGGGACUGAUCAAAUUGAAGGAGCUCAUAUUGCUAAAUGAAUGCGGUCAAAAUCACAAGUUAAAGCACAGCCAUAUAUUGCAAGUGAGAAAACCGAUGAAAAAAAUAUUGUUAAUGCCGAUACUAUCGUCAAACGAACACAAUCUAAUUCGCGACAAACAUCAAUAAAUGUUCAACAAAAUGUUAUUGGUGCCGAUACUAUCGUCAAACAGACACGAUCUAAAUCGCGACAAAUAUCAAUAGACAUUCUAUUUAAACCACAACUGCCCAAAGCUGUAGACAUUGUGGUACCAAUUAAGAACAAAGUUUUCAAAAAAACUCAACUUAUAAAACCAGACCGCCGAAUGUUGGUGACUUUUGCUUUGCCAAAAUAA